AUGGAGAAAGAAGCAUUGGAUGUAUUGAAGUUAAUUCUUCAGAAACGUGCUGGAAGACGUGGCCGUGGAAGAGGCAGGGCCAGAGGUGGAGCGAUUAAUCGGUUCCAGCAGGCGCCACCGUGGCCACAGCAAACAUGGCCCCAACAACCAUGGCCCCAACAAUCAUGGCCCCAACAACCAUGGCCCCAACAAACAUGGCCCCAACUACCAUGGCCCCAGCAAGCCCAGCCGCAGUAUGCCUGGGCCUGGCAACCUCAGUAUGCUGCUGCACCACAGGCUGCUGUACCACAGGCUGCAGUUGCUGCCCCACAGCCUGAAGCUGCUCCACAGCCUGAAGCUGCUCCACAGACUGAUGCUGCUCCACAGACUGAUGCUGCACCACAGGCUGGUGUUGCUGCACCACAGGUUGCUGCCCCACAGACUGCUGCUGCACCACAGGCUGGUGUUGCUGCACCACAGGUUGCUGCCCCACAGACUGCUGCUGCACCACAGGCUGUUGUUGCUGCACCACUGGUUGCUGCCCCACAGACUGCUGCUGCACCACAGGCUGUUGUUGCUGCACCACUGGUUGCUGCCCCACAGACUGCUGCUGCACCACAGGCUGUUGUUGCUGCACCACUGGUUGCUGCCCCAGAGACUGCUGCUUUUAAAGUAUUAAAGUAA